CAACAGAACUUAUUACUUUCUCCGAAAGCUCAGCAAACCACUGCAGCUGAUCUUUCUGCAUUUCUUACCUAUUUAUUACACUAGCAGACUAGUAAUGGCAUUUUUACCCAGAGCCCGUCUUCUGCUGCUGCUGGCAGUAGUUUGUAUUCAACUGAGUGGAGUUCUAGCGGACGGACCUGACAGGUGCUGGUGUUUGAAUACUUUGAAGAAACGUGUCCCAAGAGAACAUAUUGAAGAGUUCUCUAUUUUCCCCCGAAAAUCAAAGUGCGAGAAUGUUGAAAUCAUACUGACACUGAAACCUGUGAACAACACAUCUGAAGUCAUCCAGCGCUGCUUGAGUCCAGACACAAAACAAGGCAUCAACCUGCAGCUUUGUUGGAACAGGAAGAACAUCAACAACACCUCCACAUUUAAGAUAUCCAACUGCUUCUAAAGCCAUAAAUGAAAGUGCAGAAGAGCACGGGAGGACAGAAGGGGCGAUCUGGAAACUCUUGAAACCCUAUGAGUGGAAUUCCAUCCUGUCACAUGGCCUGGCACUGGCCAAUCAGAAUCCUGGGAUUGAGAGUUGGCCUCAUGCAGCUGAUGGGAAAUCACAGAAGAUCUGAAAGCACUAGGACCACUGCCAGUAUCCGCCGGACACAGAUGUUGUUGGCAAAAGCAUUUGGAUUAGAAUUCACUUGCAAUAUGACUGAAGCACUGAAUGUAUCAUUUACGCCAAGUAGUAUUUAAAAGACUAUAUUUAAAUGGUUUUAUAAUUUAAAUUAUUUUAUAAUGUAAAAACUUAAAAUGUGUUACUUUUACUAUUUAACAUUUUUUUUGUUUUGUUAUAUGUGAUGUGUUAGGACUGAUUGGGUCACAUUGUUUCUUGGGCAUGAAAUUUUAUAGCACACAAAGUACACUUUUAGGCUACCUAACAAAAUAUUUUUAUAAUGUAGGCUACUUUUGUACCGUUUUGUAAUAAAAGCCAAUUUCAAUUUA